UAGAGAACUGCUGAUAAUACCAUGAACUUUAGCCCAAUCUGUGGUCGUGUCAGAGAUUACGAUUAUUCAGUUCCAGCAUUCUGUGAAUGAAAUUACAACAGUUGUCAGUGUAAACAGGAAAAAUGCCUACCAGUGGAAUUUUGAGCAUACUUGAGGUCAACGCUCUACCCACGGAACAAUUCGAAUGGCUUUUCGCAAACGUGAUCGAACACUGCCCCGAGGCAGCUAGAUCGGUGGCUUCAAAACGGCCCUUUUCUUCGGCCCAGGCGUUAAAGACAGCCUUCGAUGAUUAUUUGGAUAGCCUAACUACUAGUGAAAAGGAAAACGUAUUGAUCAAGCAUCCAGAUUUGGCAGGUAAAUUAUCCGAGGACGGAAAGCUCACAGCAGAAUCUCAAAACGAACAAAAAAUUGCGGGUCUAGAUACGAUGACGCGAGAGGAAAAACAGACGUUGAAUAAUUUCAACGCGUUAUACAAAGAGAAGUUCCAAUUCCCGUUCGUCAUAUGUGCGCGGGAAAACAAAAUCGCAGCUAUUCUGACCGGCAUAGAGAAUCGGGUAAAUAAUACUCAGGAAGAAGAAUUAGCCACGGGAAUUGAGGAGGUAAAAAAGAUAUGUGGAAUCAGACUCCUGGAUCUAGUGUGGCCAGAUGCCCGAUGAAUUUGGGGUGUAAAAACUUGGUUUUUGAAUAACACAAUUUCACUCAGAAGACUAUUUUUCGAAGUGUAUUAAUCUUCCGAGACUUUUAUUUUACGAAAUUGCAAUCAGUUGUAAAUAUAACAUGAAAAUAAUGCAUGUAU